UCUGUCCGCCGGGCCUAGCCCCCGCCGCGCCCCGAGCUCCCGCGGCGCGCGGCCUGAAAGGGAGGCUCUCCGGCCGCGGCUCCCGCAGCUGUCGGGUGCACGGGUGGCGCGCGCGUCUGCGCCCGGCCCGGCCCGGCCCCCUGCCCUCCCGCCCGCCGCGUGGCUGUCGCGGCGUCCGCCCCGACCUGAGGGGGCGGCCUUGAGCAGGGGCCGCAGACCCGGGGCGCGGGGAGGUCGGCGGCGGCGCGGCUGGGUCCUGGGGAGCUGCGGGCGGGCCGUCAUCCGGCCGGCACUCGCUGCCCUCUGUCCUUCGCGCGGAAGGGGAGGAAGGGUUAACCAGGUCUCGAUGGGCCCCGCGGAGGAGGAGGACGCGCAGCGCGCGGGGGGCGCAGACACCUCGCUGCCAGGUGAGAAUUAUGAAGAUGAUGACCUAGUAAACUCUGAUGAGGUUAUGAAGAAACCAUGUCCAGUACAGAUUGUUCUUGCACAUGAAGAUGACCAUAACUUCGAGCUUGAUGAAGAAGCUUUGGAGCAGAUAUUGCUACAGGAGCACAUACGAGAUCUUAACAUAGUAGUGGUAUCCGUGGCAGGAGCUUUUCGUAAAGGGAAAUCAUUUCUACUGGACUUCAUGCUUAGAUAUAUGUAUAACAAGGAUUCUCAAAGUUGGAUUGGUGGAAACAAUGAACCAUUGACUGGCUUUACAUGGCGAGGUGGUUGCGAAAGAGAAACAACAGGCAUACAAGUCUGGAAUGAAGUAUUUGUGAUUGAGAGACCUAAUGGAACAAAAGUGGCUGUGCUGCUAAUGGAUACCCAGGGUGCCUUUGAUAGCCAGUCAACUAUCAAAGAUUGUGCAACAGUGUUUGCUCUGAGCACUAUGACUAGCUCCGUCCAGGUAUAUAAUUUGUCUCAAAAUAUUCAAGAAGAUGAUCUUCAACACUUGCAAUUAUUUACAGAAUACGGCAGACUUGCAAUGGAAGAAAUCUACCAGAAACCAUUUCAGACAUUAAUGUUUUUGAUUCGAGACUGGAGUUAUCCUUAUGAACAUUCAUAUGGUUUGGAAGGUGGAAAACAAUUCCUUGAAAAGAGAUUGCAGGUAAAACAAAAUCAACAUGAAGAGCUACAGAAUGUAAGGAAGCACAUUCACAAUUGUUUCUCAAAUCUUGGUUGCUUCCUUUUGCCACAUCCUGGUCUUAAAGUUGCAACUAAUCCUAGUUUUGAUGGGAGAUUGAAAGAUAUUGAUGACGAGUUUAAACGAGAGCUUCGAAAUCUGGUUCCAUUGCUACUUGCCCCAGAAAAUUUGGUAGAAAAAGAGAUAAGUGGAUCUAAAGUCACUUGUAGAGAUCUUGUAGAAUACUUUAAGGCUUACAUUAAAAUUUAUCAAGGAGAGGAACUUCCACAUCCAAAGUCCAUGCUUCAGGCAACAGCUGAAGCUAAUAAUCUUGCUGCAGUAGCAGGAGCAAGAGAGGUCUAUUGCAAAAGUAUGGAGCAGGUAUGUGGUGGGGACAAGCCUUACAUUGCACCUUCAGAUCUGGAGCGAAAACACCUGGAUCUCAAGGAAGUGGCGAUUAAACAGUUUCGUUCAGUAAAAAAAAUGGGUGGAGAUGAAUUCUGCCGUCGUUAUCAGGACCAGCUUGAGGCUGAAAUUGAAGAAACCUAUGCAAAUUUUAUAAAGCACAAUGAUGGCAAAAACAUCUUCUAUGCUGCUCGUACCCCUGCCACACUGUUUGCGGUCAUGUUUGCCAUGUACAUAAUCUCAGGACUGACUGGCUUCGUUGGCCUGAACUCUAUAGCCGUCUUGUGUAAUCUUGUCAUGGGGUUAGCACUGACGUCUCUUUGUACUUGGGCAUAUGUGAAAUACUCUGGGGAGUUCAGAGAAAUUGGAACAGUGAUCGAUCAGGUUGCUGAAACACUGUGGGAACAGGUAUUGAAGCCCCUGGGUGAUAAUUUGAUGGAGGAAAACAUAAGGCAGUCUGUAACAAACUCUAUCAAAGCAGGCCUGACUGACCAAGUGUCUCAUCAUGCCAGAUUAAAGACAGACUGACAGUUCAUCUCCUCAUGGACUCCGCUCUCCCUUUUUUUCAUGCUUGCUGUACAAUGAGAACUCAAAUAAAAAUAAACCAAAGUUUACAAUCAACUGUAGAAGUAGUUUAGUAUAACUGGCUUCACAGAUGGCUGCCACAGAGUGUGAAAUUGUUUGUUGGUUUUUAGCAUUCUGUUCAUGGCUCCUAAGACAUGAAGAUUGGCUGAGGAGCGCUAGUUAAUCAUGCACACUUGUGCCAUGUUUAAUUUUUUCUUUUUUCCUUUUUACUUAAUCUAAUGUUAGUGAAAUUUGUCUUAUGUAAAAGGAUAUUUCAGGGAAAUAUUUUAAGAAAUCUAUUUAGAGUCUCUUUAACACAGUGUCCCAUUGAAACUUUAAUUUUUAGAGAAGUUAUGAAUCAUUGUAUCAAGAAUCCAAUCGGUAUGACAAUGAAGCCUUUAUUGAGCCACGACAUUAAAAGUAUAUAUUGCUUUACUGCCUUCAAUACCAGUAUUACAUAAAUGCAUGUAUCAGAAACUUCACAGAAAUUACGACAACUCCUGUAGCUAAGAAAGUGAUUCUGAGGUGUACAUUUGUCUUGCCUUUUUAAAUUUAUAAACCUGCCCUAAAAGGAGAUGCAUAUCUGGGAAACUGAACUGUCUUUAUGCAGUUUAGCCUUCAUGUACAUAAAAUAUGCCAUUAAUUUUAUUGGGGGAGAAAUUCCAUCCAAAAAUGUUGCCUACAGCUAUGAGUUAAGAGUGUCUGUACAGUGUGUAGCUUUUAUUUUCUAAAAUCACAGAUAGGGCAUGUAUAUGAAUUAUAAAUAUAUAAAUACGAUUUUGUAUUAAAAGUUUUGUAGUUUAUGGCAAAAUCUGGUUCUGUGGUAGGCUAAUGAGUACAGUCCCUGUGAAGGAAUGUUUGUGGCUCAUGUCAGUGUGUGAAUGCAUAGACCAUUUGAAGUUUUUGAUAUAUUUGUGAUAUUUAUCUUCUUGAGCACUGCAAUCUCACCCCCCCCCCCCCAAGGGAAUUCAGUGGGAAUGUUUAUCGUGACGUUGUCCUCUGUUGCAUUUUAAAGUUAUUUCCUGUAAUUUAUUUUCAGUACAUAAUUAAAAUUUUGUUGUAUAUAUAAAA